CUGGGCUUAUCGAUAAAGAUUUCGCCUUUGCCGUCAUUUUCCGUUGCAUGACUGUACACUUCCUAGACGCUUUAAUUCCUUCUUUCCUACUGUGACGGAGUUUGUGGAGUUUGAUCAAGCAUCAGGAUGACGGUAAAAAUCGGUGCUCAAGAUAUCACGGUCGGCGUCCUUGCCCUCCAGGGCGCUUUCAGCGAACACAUCCAACUCCUCCGCGCGGCAUCCUCGAAUGUCUCCUCGUCGCAAACCUUCCACUUCAUUGAAGUCCGCACACCAGCCCAACUCGCACAAUGCGAUGGCCUUAUCAUCCCCGGCGGCGAAAGCACAACCAUGUCGCUCGUAGCCGCACGAAGCGCCCUCCUCGAGCCUCUCCGCGACUUCGUCAAGGUGCAGCGCAAGCCAACGUGGGGUACAUGCGCCGGCCUGAUUCUACUAGCAGAGAGUGCGAAUAGAACGAAGAAGGGAGGUCAGGACCUGAUUGGAGGUCUAGACGUGCGAGUGAACAGAAACCAUUUCGGGCGACAAACCGAGAGUUUCCAGGCAAACCUCCAACUGCCCUUCUUAGAAUCGACGAGCGAAACGAAUAAGACCGAUCCAUACCGAUGCGUCUUCAUCCGCGCGCCUGUUGUGGAAAAGGUGUUACCGAGUAAAAAGGCAGUGGGUGUACAAGAAGGGGAGAGUAAGAGGGAUGAUACAAUUGUCGCGCCGAGUAAGACGCCCGUGGAUGAUCUUGCGAGGAAGGAGUUGGAAAGCGAAGUUGAGGUCAUGGCUACGCUGUCGACCAAUGCGAAGCCUUUGCAGGAGAACCAGGUACAUGACCAUCCGGGUGUGGAGGAUAUAAUAGCGGUACGACAGGGCAAUGUGUUUGGAUGCAGCUUCCAUCCUGAGCUGACGGACGACCCGCGGAUACAUGUUUGGUGGUUGGGAGAGGUUGUCAAGGCGGUGGAGAGGAGACAGCAGUUUGAACUUGCGGAUCGGACUAGAUGAGUGACAGAAAACGUUAGACAUCGGCGGGCGCAUGGCUGGGUGGCGUUCUCAUAUAACAUAAGAGAGGGCGUUUGAAAGGUGGAACUGAGUUUUGGGAAGGUAUCUAAUGUGGUAUCUUUACCCCCCUAUGAGCAUGUGCUUACAACUAAAGCAUUAAUGAACAAUGCCGAGUGAUAGACGCCAGACGCCUUCUUUGCAGU